AUGUCCUCCCGACGGCUCGGGGGAUUCCUGCUCUCGACGCAGCCCCUCGGUCGUCGAUGGCAGUCGACGGCGCCUCGCAAGACGAUUGCACAGUUUCUGGACUGGAAGCCCGAAGCCGAAGUCAACGAUGUUGUGCUCAACGGCUACAUCAGGUCUGUUAGGAACAUGAAGACGGAACGCUUCCUCAACGUGGGCGAUGGCUCUUCCCGCACUCCCAUUCAGGCGCUGGUCUCGAGGACUCACGACGAAAGGUGGGCCCUAGCUUUACUCUCUCUGGUCUCUGUCUCGGCAGUUCUGAUUAUUGAUAAUAUCCCAGCGCAAACUUGCGAGUCGGUGCUGCAGUCCGCCUACGAGGCUCGUGGGUGCCCUCCAAGACGGAAGACUUUCCCCAUCCAAAAAAAGUACCAGACCCCCGACUACCUACGCACCAUGCCUCAUCUUCGACCCCGGAUACCGCUAAACGCCGCCAUCUUGCGCCUGCGGUCGGAAGCCGUCGCCGUCUUGACUCAGUUCUUCGCCUCGCGAGACUUUGUGCAGACCCAUCCGCCGAUAAUCACUUCCUCGGACUGCGAAGGAGCAGGCGAGGUGUUCAACGUUGCCACGGGCGUGGCCGAGACAGAGGCGCCGACAGCCUUGACCGCUGCCAAGGACAAGGUACCAGAACUGUUCUUUCGUUCCCCAAAGUACCUGACCGUGUCGACACAACUCCAUCUUGAGGCGUUGGCACAGUCUCUGGGCGAUGUCUGGACAUUGUCGCCGACUUUCCGCGCGGAACGGAGCGAUACCUCGAGACACAUGAGCGAGUUUUAUAUGUUGGAAGCCGAGAUGAGCUUCGUCGACGACAUGGACCAAGUCAUGGACCUUGUCGAGGACAUGCUACGCAGCUUGGUCAUGGGUCUAUACAAGACUCGCGCUGCACAGGAACUGCGCCAGCGGCGAGCUCCUGGCAGUACUCGCACAGCCGAAGACGAUCUCGUGCCGAUAGAGGAAGUGGAGCGUCGAUGGUUGGGCCUGAUGCAGAGCCCCGCCUCCAAGUGGCCGCGCAUCACUUAUGCCGAUGCCAUCAAGCUACUUCAGGCCGAGGAAGGUCGAUUCGAGCUCAGGCCUACAUGGGAGGACGGCCUGCACUCGGAGCAUGAAAAGUUCCUUGCCAAAACCCUAGGUGCCACCAACGAUCCCGGCGCGUACACCCCCGUCUUUAUCACUCACUACCCGAGGGAGAUCAAAGCAUUCUACAUGCGAAGAUCGGCUUCUUCAGCUAGCGGCAUCCCCGGGAAUCCCGGCGGUGAUACGGUCGACUGUUUCGACCUGCUGGUGCCUGAUUUGUGUGAAAUUGCCGGCGGCUCCAUGCGCGAGCAUCGCCUGGAAGAUCUUUUGGAGACCAUGAAAGCUCGUGGCAUGGGCUCUCCGGCCGCCGACGGACGCGGGGGCCACACCGGCGGUGAUCUGGACUGGUACGUCGACCUCCGCCGUUGGGGCUCCAAUCCACAUGGAGGUUUCGGUCUGGGCUUCGACAGACUGCUCAGCUACCUCGUCGGCGUCCCCAACGUCAGGGACGUCGUGGCAUUCCCGCGCUGGUUCGGCCGGUGUGACUGUUGA